UCUAGCAUCUGAUGAAGGAGGCUGGCGGGCUUAUGGGAGAUUUUUAUUCCAUAAUUAGGCUUUUAAGUAAUUAAAAGAGCCUUGGUGUUUUUUUCCACCCUCAUUCUAUUGGGCUGGGACUUUUUGUAGUUGUUUUUUUUUUUUAAGUAUAAUAAAAGGAGGAGCACUAGAUCUUUCUGUUAUCUAGCAAAUCCUUUGAGAAGGGUGUGAAGGGAAGACAAUUUAGUAGGUCAGCUAGGGGAAUAGAGAUUUACCAUGAGAAGAGGGACCUCCGUCACCCUGGCCAGUCUCAUGCUAUAUAGUGCUAUUGCUGUUUUCAACACAUCAUCAGCCUGGUCAGUGAAUAACUUUCUGAUGACAGGGCCCAAGGCGUAUUUGAGGUACUCUACAAGCGUGUCUGCUGGUGCCCAAAGUGGAAUCGAGGAAUGUAAGCAUCAGUUUAUCUGGGAACGCUGGAAUUGUCCAGAGAGUGCACUUCAACUCUCCACUCACCAUAGACUUAGAAGUGCUACAAGGGAGACUUCAUUUGUUCAUGCCAUCAGCUCAGCUGGAGUAAUGUAUUCCCUAACCAGGAACUGUAGCAUGGGAGACUUUGAGAAUUGUGGCUGUGAUAAUUCAAGAAAUGGACGUGUAGGUGGAAGCGGAUGGGUUUGGGGAGGAUGUAGUGACAAUGUGGAAUUUGGUGAAAAAAUUUCCAAGCACUUUGUGGAUGCUUUGGAGACAGCACAUGAUGCCAGAGCUUUAUUGAAUUUGCAUAAUAAUGGGGCAGGGAGAUUGGCUGUAAAAGCAACCAUGAAGCGGGCCUGCAAGUGCCAUGGAGUAUCAGGGAGCUGCAGCAUCCAAACUUGCUGGCUCCAACUAGCAGACUUCCGAGAUGUUGGAAAUUAUUUAAAGAACAAAUAUAACCAAGCUCAGAAGCUGGAGUUGGACAAGAGAAGAAUAAGAGCUGGUAACAGUGCGGAGAGUCGUGGAAUGUCAUCUGAGCCCUUCAACACCAUGCAUGCUGCUGAUCUUGUGUUUUUGGAAGACUCCCCAGAUUAUUGCAUCAAAAACAUCAGCUUGGGACUCUAUGGUACUGAAGGACGAGAGUGUCUUCAAAGUGGCAAGAAUCUGACCCAGUGGGAGAAGCGGAGUUGCAAGAGGCUCUGCAUGGAAUGUGGCCUCAAAAUAGAGGAGAAACAGAUUGAAAUUGUCACAAGCUGCAAUUGCAAGUUUCAUUGGUGUUGCAAAGUGAAAUGUGAACAGUGCAAACAAGUGGUAACUAAAUAUUAUUGUUCCGCUCGAGUGGGCUCUCUUUCCAAUAACUCUCGGCAGCGGAACAGGGGUCAUGGGAGAUAAAUACAUCAUCCUCUAACUUUCCCUAAGGCUAAUGCCUUGUUCACAGGAAGUAUUCAGAAAAGAGAUCUUUGGAUCAUAAUUGUUGGACUUUCAGUUUUUCAUUGGACAAAGCUUUUGUGUUCACAUUACACUGAACUAAAUUUGUAUUAAGUCUGAAUAUUGCCACUGCACAAGCUCAUCACCUUUUAUAUGCCUACCUCUAUUCUAGAAACAUGGUUUCCCCCUAGUCUACAUGCUAGGCAAAUGUUUUCAUCAACAAGCUAACCUUACAUUAUAAGGAUCAAUUCAGGCUUGGGAUAUGUAGAUGUUUCAUUUACAAUGCAAUGUAAUAUGGAUUGUAAACUUAGACUGUAGCCAUUGAUGGCUUUAAAGUUUCUUUCAAAAAUUUCACAUCUGUAAGCAAGUUAAACCUUGUAGCAAGUCUCCUUUCACAUUGAAGCAUUGUCUUUUUUGGCAAGAUUGGAAUGGAAAAAAUCUGAAGCUCAGAUUCAAUAUUGUUCAACUACAUGUAUAAUGCUUAUUUCCCUUUCUUCCCCAGUCUUUUUCAGUCUUUGAUCUUAUUUAUAAUUAUUAAUGUGAUAUAUAUUUCCACAGCUUAGGGCAUACAAUGUUAUCAUUGAUGAUACAUAGGAUCCAAUCUGAUAGCUAUUAUACAUUAUAUGUUUUUAACUUGCAAAAUACAUAGUUAUCGAAAGUAUGAAAAUCAGAGGCUAUCCUGCAUUUUAUCUCUUCGAACAAGAUAGUGUCAUAAGAAUCCAACAUUGUGAUCAGAAAAUAUUGGUUGCUUAAAAUAUUGGUUGAAAUUCACAGAAAUUUUGGAAGUCCAUUGUUUGAAUGAUUUUCUGUAGUGCUAGAGAAUAGUUUUUUCUCAUGUUGAAC